AUGGGACGGUUUUUUUCGUCCCAUCCCGUUCCACGCGGAGCCCUGCCAGGUAUUAUAAAUAAGAGUGAUCAACGUGUUUAUUUGUAUUUUGCUAUUAUUGAUAUGCUUCAAGAGUACGAUAGUCGUAAAUCUUUGGAACAAAAAUCAAAACAAAUGACCAAUCCUAAUCAUCAAAGUCAAGGUUCUGUUAUUGAACCAGACGAAUAUGAAAAACGAUUUCUAAAUUUUAUAUUUCAAUCUGCUUUUAUUGAUGCUGGCGAUGGUUUCUCAUGGGCUAGAACUCUAGUCGUAGUAAACCCUUAG